AUGUCAGACUUACGGCAAUGCACCCACUAUUCUCCUGGGGAAUUCAUUGAAGUGCGUAAGUUUUUCGUAUUUCUGGCAAGGCAUCAAAAAACUCUGUUACUAACUCCAGCAAUUGAUAAUAGGCUGAGGUGUCCAUUCGCAAAUAAUUCGCAAGUUCGCUCCUCAGUUGUAUCAAUAACGAGACGUGGGAAUACCAGCUUCUUUUCAGAAUCCAUUCCCUUGACCAUCUUGUCUUUUUUUCUUCAUCCCUUUUCCUCUCAGUCGUUGUAUCAUUAUAUUUGUAUCCUCCAUAAUAAAAAAAGAUUGGAACUGUAGUAAAACACGUAGUGUGUAUACACUGGACAAAAUCGAAGUUUUGUCGUACGUUUUGUAUGCACGACAAAACGUACAAUAAGACGUAGCGUGUAAACCCGCCUUAACAGGAACAGUAUUUAUAUAUUGUCAGCUGACGAUUCUACUUGAUUUUAAAGCCUAUGUCAUUCCCUACACAACUGACAAAAAUUGAGGAAUUGGAUCAGUUGGUGAGUCUGGUAUCAAUUACCAGCAAGUAUAGGAUUUCAAAUAAGUUUUUACCAAUAACAUAACAUUUGUCCGACUACUGGUAAUGUCCGGGUUAUUGACCCAUUCACCCUACAUGCAAAGAUACUACCUGGAUUAUAUUCUAUACUCCGCUAACUUUAUACCAUCAAAGUUUAUAGGACACUGGUAUUAGAUAAUCUGUGUUGAAUCGACAUCAAUUAGCAUAAUAAUUAGCUGUUCACGAUCCCAGUUGAAGGAUAACACGCUGCCACUGCCGAAUUGAGGCCCUAUAGGCCAAACAGUAUACUUGCUUAGCUAUUUUACGUUUCAGGUGGAAAAAUAUACUUGACCUAGCAAAUUUUCAAAUUUAUUUUGCAUGCCUAUGUUCUCAAAAACCCCGAAAGCCUCAAUAUAUGUAUAUAAGAUAUGAGAAUAUGUAAAUCUUUAUAUAUGUCAUCAGCAUUCUUGUUUUUUAUAGAGUUUAAAAGCUAAUUACCAUAUUUAAGUAAAGUGAAAUCUGUGGAGACAUACAGGGUCUGAUACUUCUUCUUCUGAGUUAUAAAUACGUAACUGAUUUUUUCCAUGGAAUAUGUAUGUGCAAAAAUAAAUGUUAUUUUAGUAUUGUAAAACUUCUAGUAUGGAAAAUAUUUGUUUAAAAAUAGUUACAACCACGCUAUUUAGGAAAACUCUUGAAAGGAAUCAGAGAAUAUAGUUAUUUAUCUAACAAGUGCGGAACGUCUUACUUUUCGUCGACGAGAAGCGGAGUGUCAGGUAUAAGUUCUUAGAAUCUUAGAUACGUACCAUGUUUUAUUAGAAAUUUAAUAAUUGUGAAAUCAACAUCAUCAAUAAUUCAUUUAUAAUAAUCGUUAACAUUAUUAAAAGUAAAAGAACAGCUAUUUGGAUUAUGAAAUCGUGCAGUAAAAGUUCUGCGUGAGGAAAAGUGUCACUUUGUGCUCGCAUAAGCGUGUUGAAAAUGAGUACUUUCCGCAUGCUGGUAGAAAAAACAAUUAAUGAAUUAGUAUUUGGAAAAAUGUGGAAUUUAUCUACCUUCGCAAUAUUUGUUAGUAGAUAUGUCUCAUCGAGUGUACCAUAGAAGUAGCAUACUUCUUUUUAUAUUUCUACUAAAUAGUCAAGAUGUUUGCAAUAUUGAUGUCUAAUAAUUAUAAAAAGGGGCAUAAGCUUGUAAUAUGCCUCUGUAUACUGGGUAUAUCAAUCGUCUUCUUCUUGUUAUCAUGAAAUAAGGAAAUAUUCUAAAUUGUGUAUAAGAUGCCAUUUGGUUAGUUGCCAGUCUUGGGCAACUGAAAUUCAAAAAACAAAAAGGCUGUGAAUGCAGAGAUAUUGUUUCAUCAGAGGCAUUUCGUUUGAAAAUUUCAAGCAAAUCUUUCAUCGGAAAAUAUGUUCAUGAUAAGAAAAACUAUUUUCAUUAGAUACUAUUCGAAACAUAUUAUUUUUUCGAGGAUCUCAAAAAGAUAUGUUACACUCAUUAAAUCUAGGGUAUUCGAAAAAUGUUUUGAUUGGUCUUUUUGUUACUUCCAUAUAAGGAAUCCGUAACCGUUAAGUACAAAAUUUACCCUAACCUAAUGUUGAAGUAUUGGAAUUGAAAGAAUAUCUUAAAUGCUAUUUUCCUUAGUAACGCUGUGUAUAUAUUAAUAAAGUGGAUAUAUAUACUAUGCUAUUUUGUAUCUCUUCAAAUGUUAUUUUUGCAAAACGGCAAAGCACGCUGACCUUUUUCUCUUAUUUGUACUUAAU